AGAUGGUCACUCAGUUAGCUGGCACUGGUUAGCCAAAGCGACACUUUUUGUUGUAACGAUACCGAAAGUGAAUGUAAAAGCGGAGCGGCUCUGACCUCACCUUGGCGGGUUAAUUCGUACAGGUAUGUACCAUCUUUCUGUCUUACAUGAACGUCGUGUGUCUUGGCUCACAGCCGCCGCUAGCUGCAUAAUUUAUUAGCUAAAUAAGCCCGCUACCGUAACGCUAGCUUCAAGUCAAACCACAGUUAGUGUAAAGUUCUGGUGAAUGUGUACAGAGUCAGGUGUGAACCGUUCUCAUAUUUCCCGAGAUAUUCCUUAUUGUGCAACAGCUUUUAGAAGUUUGCCCAGGUAAGUUACCGCGAGCAGAGCUGCCCAUGACGGGAACAUGUCCGGACUGGCUCAACAAUCCCCCCAGACAUGAAGCGUACACACAUUCCUGUUAGAAACACGUUCAUUUACUAUCUCCUCUGGAAGGAGAUUAAAAACUUGUUCAAUAAAGUAACCCACACACAGGUUUUCACAUGAUACUGAAAUUUAUGUAAAAAUGAAUUGCAGUGAACAGUGUGCCAGGUACAGAGGUGUAAGAGAUCUGUUUAUUUUGUAUACACAUUAACUUAUUCAUGAGUUGACCUUUGUCUGAGAUGCUCUCCUUUGUUAACACUUGUAUGAAAGUGUCAGGAGGAAAUUAAGUAAGGACUUAUUGUCAAUCAAAUUAAAACUGUAUCUCUCACAUAUUAAAGUAGUGAACAGAUAAACCAACCACAAUAAUGCACUGUAGAUAUUUGAUGUGAUAAUAUAGUUAUUGUUCCUUCUUGUCUUUGCUUAAAGUGAUGUGGCUGUUUUAAGGGUGGAAAAUUGCAAUCAUUGUCAUUUACUAGCUGUUUGUUAUAGCCUUAAUCAGUUCAGUAUGUCUGCCGUCAUAACAAUGACUAAGAGUGUUGAAACUGUUUCAGUGUUUCACUUACCACAUGACCUCAAAUGUCCUGUUUUACAUAUUUCACAAUCACUCCAGACUCUGAAAACCCUGGACACUUGAUGACCACAGAAUAAGGGAGUUUUGUCUUUAGCAAUAUGAGAUGUAUCAGAUAACUAGGUUUUGGUGCAGUAUUUUAGUGCCAUCUGUCUGUUAUUUAAUGUCCAUGGUACAACAAAAUUCAAAUAAGGACACUUUUUUUUCUUUACUUAAAAUGAUAUCUGAUUUAUCUUGUGUGUGUGUGUUAACUAUUAUACAUGGUAGCCUUCUUGCAUUUGGCCCCAGGCAUAUGUUUGUACAGAUUGUACAGUAUUACAGUAAUGUGAAAAUAGUAGUAGAGUGUUAAAACACAAAAUCAAAAGUCAGUCAGUAAAGACAGGAAAUGUUCACACCAAGACUUUCUCUGCUUGCUGCUCUCAUCUGUAGCUUCAGCUUUCUUUCUGACUGCUGUAAUGUUUAUUUUGCAGGUUGCUGCGUGACUUAGUGGGUCUUCGCCAAAACAUUUCCACAUGCUUUGACCCUGACUUGCACAGAAGUGCCCUUACGAGUGCAUGCAUGCAUACAGACCUCUGCUGACCCACACUAUCAUCUUGCACAAUCCAAAUACUACUUUUGCACACAUAGACAAAUACAUUCUCAGACCUGUUUCACUGAACAGCUCACCGUAAACAUAGCCACUGAAACCAGCAACACAUAUCACCACCCUCCUCUCCCUCCUCCUUUCACGCUUCCUCCCUCCUGCACUCUACAUACCUCUGGAGCUGUGCAGAAAGUCUCUGCUCCUUCUGAAUUUGGAUUUUUUGCAAGCUACAGAGAGGAACAGUUGCUCUUCCACUGAGCCACAAAGCCAUGCUUGAUAGUCUGGUUUAAUCACCAUGUGAUGAGAUCCACGGAAUAUAGCCAGGAAAGGAUCGACUUUUUGGAUUAGAACAAUGACUCCUGUUGCAAAUGGAAGAAACUUUUUGACUUUGAACACAGAAGACUUUGACCUGCAGAGAUUUUUACACUACAAUUGUUCCAGAUAUCUUCUUACAAAGUAGAGAUCAGGACACAAACUAUGGACAUAACAUUUUCUACUAAAAUAGAAGAAGAGACCAGUUCUUUAACAAAUAAGAAAUUGACCAGUGGUAUACACUAAAAUAUACCAACCAUCAAGCAAUAAAGAUGGUUCCUCUUAAGUCAAACCAGACUGAGACGGGAGGAGAAGCAGAGAAGAUGGAGGUUCCUGGUCUUUUGGAGAAAGGGAAACCUGAGGAAGAAGACCGUGAAAAUGAGAUAGACAUGGAGGAUGAGGAAGGGCAGGGUGUGAAGAUCCCAUUGUAUCGCUGGGUGAUGCAUGGAGCAGUGAUGUUCGGACGCGAGUUCUGUUAUGCCAUGGAAACUGCCCUGGUGACGCCAGUGCUGCUGCAGAUCGGUAAGGAGAUAUAUUACUACCUUGUAGUGACAGACAUGAUAUACUGCAUGCUGUCACUCUGUCAUACAUUUCUCACAAUAAAACUCUGCAGUUCUUGCAACACUGGAAUUUCCACUUUGGAAGUACACAGUGGUUGGGUGAUGGUACUAUCAGUAUUGUCAUCUGGUGCUUCGAAGCUGUUAUUUUUACAGUGUUUACCCUGUUGAGUAUCUUGCUAACAUAUCCUUGACAGUGUUCCUUAUGAAUAUCAAGUCACUCAUUUAGCUAUGAGCAUUUUGCUAUUUCUCAUUCUUUCUAUGUAAUAAAAAAUCAUAUAUAAUUUUGUUUGACCCUACUUGAGUGUGAGGGGAUGCCUACCAAUUACAUAACAAAGCUACAGAGAAGCCAGAUUUGAUGUUGCUUUCAGAGUGCUGCACCCCCAGUGUCGUGUAACCUGUGUGCCCAGGAGUAGCUAAUCGGGGGGGCUAUACAGUGAGAUGUAAGGUUUGCUACCAUAGCAGAAACCAAACAAUGGCAUUUUUCCCUGGCUAGGUAUGUCAAGAAUGUUAGACACAGCACAUUUUAGUCUCACUGUGUUCCCCCACAUUCACAAUAUUGUAAGAAAAAUUGAAUCGAAAAAGACUGUCAACCAAACCGUAAAUGCCAUGAAGCAAUACUGACAUAUUAGUGAUCAAGUGAAAAUAGAAAAGCAAUUUGGUGUAUAAAUCAGUAAUAGUGAUUUGUAUGUCCCUAGACUUAAUUGUUUUUUUUUUUCAGUAGCUUGGACUCCAAGGCCAGACCUUCAUGGUAAAGUGGUUGUAGCAUGUAAUAGAUUUAUAGGCAGAAAAGUUGAAAGAACUCGUCUCUCAUCUUACUUGAAUUACUUUUAGAACGUCUGAUUUCCAAAGUUUGCAUAAAGUUAAAAGAACCCGUACGGCUUUAAUAGUUUGUUUCUGAAAUUCAAUUUUGCAGCAUUAUGUGUCAACAUCACCUUCCCAGCAAUACCGUGUGAAGCCUGAAUGAAAAGCUAUCAGUCUGCACAGUUCAAACAUAAGCCUCAGGGGUUUGCCUCGCUAAAUCGUCAACACUGUAAAAACACACGCUGUACACGCAGUACCAUUCAGCUCUUGAGCUUGAGCUUGCAUGUGCAUCCCAAUCCGGUAUGAGACGAUUCUAAAAAGGGCCACUCUUUAAAAAAAUAGGGGGUCUAUGUGCUGAAAGAGGUCAAAAAGUUCUCAGGGUGAUAAAGUCAUGCCUGAUGCCCAGGAUGACACUGACAAAGAGAGAGUGAGCAGUCAAGGGAAAGACAGAAAAAGGAAGGAAGAUAUUUUUCCUGCUGUGUGUAAAACCUCUACUGGUAUGUUGACACAACGGAGAGGGAAAAGCAGGAGUGGAGCAAGGCAGCAUGGGUAGCAUGUUGUUCCCGUGAGAACUAUCCAGCUCACUUAGCCAGCCCCUUUAUAUGGGGUGGAAAAAAAGAUAACGAAAAAAAGCAGUAUUUUUACCCUUACAUCCAGCCUAUCACAUAAAUUUAACAUAUUAUUCUGGAAGGUCAGUAAAUUUGAAAACUGCCAACUACAUGGGUGUUUAAACAGCUGUAAGAAUGAGUGUUUCCUGUUUCACAGCAUGAUGAAGUCUAGUUCUGUCUUAUCAGAAAACCAGCAGGAGGCAAUUUCAACACCUUCCUGACUGGUUGUUGCAUAUUUCUGUCUGAAUUGUUGUAACAGGCCAUCUCAUUUUCUCAAAUGUUCCUGCCACCCUGAAAUCUGUGGGUAAAGGAAGCUGUUUAAUAGCGACUGUAGUUCCUUAACUGCAUCAUUCAUUCGCAAUGUUUUCAGUAACGGUCAUUGUCUCAAAGGAAUAUUUCCACUUUACUGUGAACAAAAACCAGGAAAGCUUUUCUGCCCAGAUAAUAGGUAUGUGUUGCUUAUGCAAGUAGCUGCAUGACCAAUGUAUCACUGGUUUCUUAAGUAAAGUUUUAUUAAAUGAUGACAAGAUAAGGUCUGGUAAAUGAGUCGGUUAUUGCAAAAAAAAACACCUGACACUCGUAUUAUAACAUCAUCAGUGAUUGAGCAAGACGAUUGAGUUACAGAAAAAGGUUGUUUAAAAAGUUCAAAUUAGUUUCAACAGAAGCAUUUGAUGUAGUUCAAUAUCAAACCGUGGACAAAAAGAGUGCAAAGUAAUCAUAGUUCUGCUGCCUUCAUUGUAAAAAUAGUCCCACGAAGCUUAAUUUACGUGCAACAAACUCCUGAUCUUUUUUCCAUGUUUCAGGUUUGAUUUCUGUUUUUUUUAUUUGCACUAAGUGCUUUGUGAGGGUUCAUCCAUCAGCUAAUAAAACCACACACUCAUCUAUAGUGCCAAUGUUCUAUUUUUGCCUAAAUACAAGCUGACCCUGACAUUUCGUUAUUCAUAUGUCUUUUGUAGGUCUUCCUGAGCAAUACUACAGUUUAACCUGGUUUCUUAGUCCAAUCCUGGGUCUCCUUUUCACACCUCUGAUUGGCUCGGCCAGUGACCGCUGUACUCUGCGAUGGGGCCGGAGAAGACCGUUCAUCCUGGCCCUGUGUGUAGGUGUGCUGCUGGGAGUGGCCUUGUUCUUAAAUGGAUCCUUAAUUGGUGAGUAGCGGGUUAUAGAUGAGAUCAUCAGUGCAAAUGACAUUUAUUUAACUCUCUCUUUUUUGGGGGCUUCUGUCAGGCCUUUCUAUCGGUGACCGUCCCAGCAGUCAACCAAUUGGCAUUGUCCUCACUGUACUGGGGGUGGUGGUGCUGGACUUCUGUGCUGAUGCCUCAGACGGCCCAAUCAGAGCAUAUCUUCUUGAUGUUGCUGACACUGAGGAGCAAGAUAUGGCUCUGAAUAUUCAUGCCUUUUCAGCUGGUAAGGCGAGCACAAACACACACAGACAUAACCAGAUUUUCCUUGUUUUGCAGACUUGCUCAAUAGUCAUUGUGUAUCUGUGCAUGUGCAUGCCUCUGCAGGACUUGGAGGGGCUGUGGGCUAUAUGCUGGGAGGUCUGGACUGGACUGGCACAGCACUGGGCCAAGCUUUGAGAUCCCAGGAGCAGGUCCUCUUUAUGUUUGCAGCCAUCAUCUUCAUCAUCUCUGUCAUAUUGCACAUGCUCAGUAUCCCAGAGCAACCUUUAGUCCUAUCGGACCAGCUCAAAGCCCCUGGAAGUGGAGAGACAACCAGCCAGUGUUCAUUCAGGCCUGUAAGCCAAACACCACCUUUUCUCGACGUGAUUGUAGAGGAUGAUGGGUCUGCCCAAGCCCCGUCCGGAGGAGACAAUGAAUCAGAUGCUGAGGAUGGCGAGAGGGACUUUCUUGCUGUGGAGCGAGUACGGAGUAAAAGUGAUUCGGUCUUGGCAAUGCCGGACGCUACAAUCGAAUUGGAUCCGGACCUCGACCCAGACCGGCAGAUCUUCCUGCCAGAGGCUCACCACUUUUUACCAGAUACACACGGAGACCUGGAUGAUGCUUUCAAACCAUCAGACUACAGUAUCAGAUCCCCAUCUCCUGGUUGUGGAUCACCACCUAUUAUUGAUGGGAUGGCGGUCCUUGAGCCUGCAAAUCCAGCCUCCCCUAAGCUUCAGGAUUCAACAAAUAGUCGUCCUCCUCUCCUUCAGAUCCGUUGUGGCUCAGCAGACUCACAGGUGAAAUUAUUCUUGUUGGCUAAAAUUAUAACACCGGGAAAAAUCUGCAACACAAGAAACUCUUUCUUUUUCUUUCUGUGCCUAACAUGUACAUCCUUGUUUAUCCUUGUCUUCGCAGGUUAAGGCUGCCAAUGGUGUCAGUGCAAUUGCAGGAAGCGUCCUCCCCAGGCUACCAUCUCGCCCCUCAAGCUCCUCACGGCCGCACCCUCACGUCUUAUACAGACAAGUACAUUUACACUCUGUUUUUCGAAUCGUUCUGCUAAGUUAUUUUCCUGAUAUCAAAGUUUUUCAACCGUUGAAAACUUGAUACCUGUAUUUUUUGGCCCCUCUAGCCCUCCUGUACUUUCUCCUAUUAUGGACGAGUGAGAUCCCAGCGGUGUCGGCCGCGACGGUCAACACCUUUGAGCCCUCAGCCAAUCACUACCUCCCGCAGUCUGAAUGAUCUGACCCACCUCCAGCAGCGUGCAGAUGAGCGGGUGUUCCACUUGUCAGUCAGCAGUCUGUCAUCUGAGGGCUCCAGCUCAGAGGGGGGAGCAGGCAGGGGUACAACAGUGAAGCUGCUCUGGUUAUCCAUGUUGAAGGUGAAAUGAAGCUGAAAAAGUUUCUCAUUUUUAUGUCUUUUCUUUUUCUUAUACACAUUUUUUUUUUUUUUGCUGAAACUCCUACUUUAUAUUCCCCUUCCAUUCUUGACCCCAUCUUUCACCCUUGUCCUUGACAGAUGCCACAGCAGCUGUGGAGACUGUGUCUGUGUCAUCUCCUCACAUGGUUCUCCUACAUAGCUCAGGCUGUGUUUUAUACCGAUUUCAUGGGGCAAGUCAUCUACAACGGAGACCCAACGGUACACGCACAUUCAUGCUUGUCCAUACUUUCAGGCCUUAGUGAGUCUUAUCGUAGAAGGAACAUUGAGCCAAAUGAACAAAGUUGUUUUGUUUUUUCAUUCUUUUUAGGCACCAUCCAACUCCACAGAGCUCCAAAAUUAUCACAGAGGAGUGCAGAUGGGCUGCUGGGGGUUGGUGGUCUAUGCUGCUACAGCUGCAGUCGGCUCUGGUAAAAGACACUCUCAAACCCUUUCUUAUUAACUGCUGCACAAACAAAUGAUUGAUGACGCAACGGCACUGCUGGCUUCCAUUUCCCUACUCUGUCUCCUAGAUUUAAUGUGUCUGUCUUCUCUGUUCCCUCAGCCAUCCUUCAGAAGUCCCUGGAUAACUUUGAUUUCAGCAUUAAAGUUAUCUACAUUGUUGGAACUCUGGGAUUCUCAACAGGUCAGUUUCCAGUUAAGAUUAAACCACGAAAUAUAACAAUAAAGAGGAUUUGAAAGCAGUUGCUUUUCAUUAUAGAUAACCAGAAUGGCAGGCAAGGUUUCAGUGUUAACAGAUCUUUCCCUUUUACCUUAGGAACUGCUGUCAUGGCGAUCUUCCCUAAUGUUUAUGUUGCCAUGAUAAUGAUCAGUGGCAUGGGUAUCAUAUCAAUGAGCAUCUCCUACUGUCCUUAUGCCUUACUCGGGCAGUACCAUGAAAUCAAAGAGGUAAGUACACACACACACAAACCUGCACACACUUGUCUCACAUUUUGCUUGAAGCCUCUGCUGUGAAACUUCAACCACAAACAUUGUACAUGCAGUGACUGGAGGUCCACAGGGUGUGUAUCUGAACUAACAGUCGCUCCCUUGCUGUUUUUCCUCAGUACAUUCACCACAGUCCAGCAAACACGAAGAGAGGAUUUGGUAUUGACUGUGCUAUCUUAUCCUGUCAGGUCGGUAAACAUACUUUUUUUUUUUACUUCUACAUAAAACUUCCUACACCCCAUGAGAUCUGCUCUCAAACUGGUUAAGCCUGAUCUCUCAUCUUUGAGCUUCUUCAUGACCGGAAAGCAUCUGAAUUUGACACACACACAAAGAAUAAACUAUGCCUACCAGCGUAUUGCCUACGGGCUCUGUAGAUAGACUGUGUUCUUUGAUUUUUUGUAAUCACCCCCAUGCUUUCUGGUUUAUUUUAAGGGAAUCAUUACACAUUUGAAUUUGUGCUGAAUGAUUCUACUUUGUUUGACAAACAGGUCUAUAUCAGCCAGAUUUUGGUUGCAUCAGCCCUCGGAGCUGUGGUAGAAGCAGUCGGCAGUGUGCGAGUAAUUCCCGCAGUGGCUUCAGUGGGUUCCUUCCUUGGAUUCCUUACUGCCUGUUUCCUGGUCAUUUAUCCGGAUGACGAACCCAACAGUCCCGAGCAGGACCAGGUGUUGGACAGUGUACCUGCAGAUUCAAACGGAGAAAGGACCAAUGAGCAGAGGCUUGCUAUGCUGAACCUCACAGAUGGAGACAGUUUGAAGAAGACAGGCAAUCACUCUGUUGCCUGAACAUGAACAUGCACUGAAACUCUCAGGUUUAUCCUUACUGAGUACAAGAGAAAAAUAAAGUCAGAAGGUUGGCCACUUUAAUUACCCCGGAGUAUGGGGAUGACGGAAAUCUCUCUGUUUUUGGCAGCUGUUCUUUUGUUUUGCUACCUCAAGCCUAAAAAAAAUGUUUGGGUGUCUAGAUUGAGAGAAGUAAGCCAUGAAACAAGAAAAAGCAAUGACACUGAAUGAUCAAGGUUUGCUCAGACUACUGAAAGGAGUGAAAGCUUUAACUUCAAUUUGAAAUUGGAAAGCACACAGAGCACUUUCUGUCUCCCCCCUGAUCAUUCCUGUAACCCUUAGGCUGCAAAAUAAUAUCACUUGAGACUUUUUACCUCAGAUGCUCUGCUUUUGGCAAUCAAACGUUAUUAAAGGGAUUAUUUUUAUACCUCUGUAUUACGUGUAGACUAAUGACAGAGGUAAUUGUCCCUGGUUGUUUGGUUUAAAAUAGCCAGACAUUUUCAGAGCUGCAGGUAAAUCCUUUGGCAUGUUCCAUCUCAAGACAUUUAAAGAUUUCACACAGAUUGUCAAAAAUUCACAAUUUAGAUGCUGGAACCUGUUGCACAAAGAGCUAGUGUGCACCCAGAAGUGCUCUUAAGAAUAAUUUGUUAUUCUUGCCUAUACUGAAACACUGAAACCCAGAAUGCCAUAUGACACGGGGGGAAUUUUAUUUGUAUUUUAACUACUUCAUUUAAUUUACACAGUUAAAUCUACUGUGAGGAACUUUAGGUUUGUUUGAUUCUGAUGCCUCCUGUGGACAAAGUGGUACCUGCCUUUUUUUUGCUUAUUUGUCCAGUACGUGCAUAAGAUUUAUUAUUAUUUCUGAAUCCCUCUGUGACAGACUAGUGUACGAAUAGUCAAUAACUACAGCUGACAUUUACCUCUGCUGGGGGGUAGAUGUCAAAUAACUUCUCCUGAUGUUCUCACUUUCUCUAUUAAAAGGUGUUAAUGUUAAUUUCAGUCUACUUGUUAAGCAAGUUAAAAACUCAAUACAGGAAUUAAAGGAGCAUUUUUGACAUUUCAUUUUUGGUCCUCAGAUGAAUUUGUCAUCUGGAAUAAUUUAGUUCAAUUACCAUCCAGCUAAAAUGUGGAAUGCCCUUUAAUAACACUGUUCUCAGUAAUUCUGGAUUCCUAUUAUGUUCACUGACCUAUUUGGGAAUUCAUGUGUAAAUGGUUUGCGGUUUUAGGUUUGAGUUUGAUUCGUAGGAAAACAGGGUGGUGUUCAGUUUGCUUUGUUCUGAAUGGGUUUUAAAAUCUCAAACAAACAUUCCAUUUAAUUCAUAUUCAAAACUGUUCCAGUCCAUUUCUGUCUACCUCAGAAUAACACACACAAGAGAAAGCAAAGAAACAGUACAGUAUUGUUUUGACCUUUGAACAGCCUGCAGGAUAGUGUUUAGAUUAGUCUCUGCGAUGCUUAAACAUAAUGGCAGAAUCAGACUCCUAGUGCAGUGUUCACAGUUUAAUAAGCGUCAAAAGACGAGCGCAGUGUCCUUGUCUUUUAGUAGAGCCCUGUCGCCCUUUAAUAUAGACUAAGUUUAAAUUCACUGAGCACCUUUUAAGUUUGCUAAGAAUGACGCUGUGUAGCAGAGAGGGGCACAUGUGCAAGGCCAUUUAGUGAUCUAUGCAUACUUGAAAAUCCUAAAGCUGGUGUGUUAUGAUCUCAGAGAUUAACACAGGAACUUCUCAGUUAGAGUAAGAUGAAACAAAGUUAGAAGUGAGAAAAGUGUGGGGAAAUUACACAGAUUUGCAUUUCGCAACAGCAUUGUCUACGUUCAAGAUGUUUUUUGCUUGAGGUCACGAGGCUACAGCAGUUUCUCAGCCUAACUUUACAAAAAGGAACAUCAUACUUUAAAGUUCUUCAUCUCUUAUUGAAAAGACAGUGAUAAGUUAUAGUUAAAUUAAAAAGUUAUUUAAAAAUGUCUAUGUGAAUAAUUCACAGGUCAUGCCUGAGUGUGUUGUUGUGUUUUUUUUUUUUCAAUUGUUCCCAGCCUAAAAAAUGUGACCUGGCAUAUUGAAAUUGGUUUUAUUUUAUUUUAGGACUUGACUGAGUUGAUGCUCUGUUUUCGUUUGAAAGUUCAUCACUGGCGUGUUUUUAAGUGAUAUUGGUUCUCUGCUGCUGUUCAAUCUUAAUACAUAAAAACAAGGUUAUUUUGUACCGAGUAUGUGAAAAAGACAAAGAAGACACCUUCACGUUUGUGUCUGUUUUUUGUUUGUUUGUUUUUGUACCUGGAGGUAGAGACCCCUUGGUAUUGAAAUAAAAAAUUCUUUUUUUUUCUGAA